AUGGUUCGCUCGCGCUCGCCGCACAAGUCUCCGCGCAAGCGCUCCCCGCGGAAGCAGUGCUAUGGCAACAUUCGGUGGUACAACGGGAGGCGUCAGACGGGUCUCAUCGAUGCGGAGGAUGGCAGAAAGGUCUUCAUCCCAGUGGGUGGGGCCCUGAACCGGAACUGCGUCCCGGCGACACCAGGCGGUCUCAUGCACGGCACCCGUGUGGUCUUUCGGAUCGUCUCCUUUCUGGAUCCGGACAAGCCCAAAGAUAAUGUCCAGCAUGGCUGUACGGAUGUUCGCCCCACGGACCCGGACCAAAUUGGCUUAGAGUGCGGUGUGAACACAAGCAUCGGCGGACGAGCGGUGAACGAAGACCGCUUGGUUUAUUGUGAUCUCUACGAUCUCGGAUUCCUGGCUGGAGUCUUUGAUGGACAUGGCGGGCAGCACUGCGUGGACUUCGUGAGGCAACGCCUUCCCGAGCUGAUCCGCGAGAGCUACCUGGGUCUGGCGCAGCAGCUUGGAGGUAUCAACGCCUUGACUCCCAGCGAGGAGGAGAAGCUGAUCGAAGUCGCAUGUCGUAACGCCUUCGUGCAGACGGACUCCGAAUACCUGCAAAAAGCACGCGAUUUGCACCUGAACGACGGCUCGACGGGUCUGGUGGCACUCUUGGCCCAUGGCUUUGAGGACGAAGGGCCGUCCACACGAUCCCUGGUUGAAGGCUGCAAACCCGGUGGCUGCACGAAACUCUUCGUGGCAAACUGCGGGGACUGCCGGGCCGUGCUCCUCCGUGGGCGCAAGGCGAUCCGCUUGACCCAGGAUCACAAGCCCGAGCGGCCCGACGAGACGGCCCGCAUUCAGCAAGCUGGUGGCAUCGUCAUCUCUACGCCCUGCGGCACACACCGGGUUGGCAAAAAAAACGGCCAAUGGUUUCUUUCCACCUCCCGAUCCUUCGGAGACCUGGAGCUUAAGGAGCCGCGGCCUCUCGUCAUCGCUGAGCCGGAGCUGAUGGUCCAUACGCUCGAGCCGGAGGACUGGGCUGUCGUCCUGGCCUCGGACGGCGUGUGGAACUGCCUUUCAGAUCAAGACGUUUGGCAGGCAGUGUGGCAGGUGCUGGCAGUGGAACGUAAGGGCGCUGUUGUUGCAGCUCAGGAGGUGGGUGCCAGAGCCCAUGAAGGUGGCUCCAGCGACAAUGCAUCCGUCUUUGUGACCCGGUCAAACUUGCAUCUGAGUCCUGUGCAGGUGAUGCGAUUCGGGUGGGCUGACAUUGCCAGGUGGUCUGAGAAGAGCUCAACGUCCACCAGGGCAUCGCUGCACGCUAAGAGCCACAAUUACUCCGGCACCCAGAUCGGGCCGAAGUCCCUUGCGAACGGGGUCGAGAUCGACUCCACCCAGAGUUUCAUCGAGCGGGAGCACGAGAAGUUCAAUCAGGAGAAGCUCACGGCCGUGACUGCGAACUUCCAAACGGCAGGCCGUGGCACUGGCGGGCGGAGCUGGCAUGCGACGAAGGCCCAAAGUGUGAUGGCCUCGUUUUUCUUUCGCUUCCCUGCUGAGCAGACGGACGACUUUGUCAACUCGAAUGCCCCCAACGUGACCAAGGUCUUGGCUGUGGCGGCCGUAGACACAUUGCUUUGGGCCACAGAUGGUGCGCACAAGUUUGGCAUCAAGUGGCCCAACGAUGUCGUCGUGGAAGGUUGCAAGAUUGGUGGCAUCCUCGCUCGAGCUGUACCUCUCCGAGGACGUCUGGACGGCAUCAUCGUGGGCAUUGGUAUCAACGUCAACACCUCGCGAGCUGACCUGGAUGCUAUUGCCCGGCCUGUGUGGCCAGCAACGUCGCUGCGGGCGAUCUGUGGCCAUGACUUCGACGUUGCAGGGAUUCGGCGGCGUCUGCUUGGCACAUUCGCGCUGGAGCUCCAAAGGUUCUUUCUCGGUGGCUUUGCCAGUCUGCGAGAUCGAGUGAACGGCUUCGAGGUCCUACUAGGCAGUGAGGUUUGGUUUCGAGUCCACGAGUCAGAAGAGCCGGUGCAUUGCAUCUUCGAGGGCAUCCAGGAGGAUGGGCUCAUUCUGCUGCGGCUGGACUGCGGGGAGCUGAAGGCGUUUCCUUCGGGCGAGAUCGUCCCGGGCCCGGGCGCCGCCAAGCGAGACGCGAGCUGA